AUGAUCCGGUUCCGGAGCUCCAGCAUCAGGUCGCUGAGCGCGGAGAUGAAAUGCACCGUGCGGCUGCUGGACGACUCCGAGAUCUUCUGCCACAUCCAGAGGGAAACCAAAGGUCAGUUUCUUAUAGAUCACAUCUGCAACUAUUACAGCUUACUGGAAAAAGACUAUUUUGGCAUUCGAUAUGUUGAUCCUGAGAAGCAGAGGCACUGGCUUGAGCCCAACAAGUCCAUCUUCAAGCAAAUGAAAUCUCAUCCACCAUAUACCAUGUGCUUUAGAGUGAAAUUCUACCCACAUGAACCCUUGAAGAUUAAAGAAGAGCUCACCAGAUACCUCUUAUAUCUACAAAUAAAAAGGGACAUUUUCCAUGGCCGUUUGCUGUGUUCCUUUUCUGAUGCUGCCUACCUGGGUGCCUGUAUUGUCCAAGCUGAACUUGGUGAUUAUGAUCCUGAUGAACACCCAGAGAAUUACAUCAGCGACUUUAAGAUUUUUCCCAAGCAGUCACAAAAGCUUGAGAAGAAAAUAGCUGAAAUGCAUAAAAAUGAAUUCAGAGGUCAGAGCCCAGCUGUUGCUGAAUUUAACUUGCUUCUUAAAGCAAAUUCUUUGGAAACUUAUGGUGUUGAUCCUCAUCCUUGCAAGGACUCAUUUGGGACAACUACAUUUUUAGGAUUCACAGCUGCAGGAUUUGUAGUUUUCCAGGGGAAUAAAAGAAUUCAUUUAUUAAAAUGGUGUGAUGUCUAUAAACUGAAAUUUGAAGGGAAGACAUUUUAUGUGUUUGGAGCUCAGAAAGAGAAGAAGGCUGUGCUGUCAUUCCAUACCUCUACACCAGCAGCCUGUAAGCAUCUUUGGAAGUGUGGAGUGGAGAACCAGGCUUUUUACAAGUAUGCAAAGUCCAGUCAGAUCAAGACAAUGUCCAGCAGCAAGAUAUUUUUUAAAGGCAGUAGAUUUCGAUAUAGUGGAAAAGUAGCCAAAGAGGUUGUGGAGGCAAGCUCUAAAAUCCAGAGGGAACCUCCUGAAGUUCACAGAACCAGCAUUACCCAGAGUCGCAGCUCUCCCUCCUUGAACAAGCAACUCAUAAUCAACAUGGAACCUUUGCAACCUCUCCUUCCUUCCCCCUGUGAGGAGGAAGAGGUUCCUUUAGAUGAAGGUAUCCAACUACCAAAGGAAGAGGAGAUUUCAGUACCUGUGACCUCAAGCUCUCCAGUAAAGGAUACUGGGAAGGAUGUUGAUCUUGCCAUUGAACAGGACGAGAAGAUGAACGAGGAACCCUUAACCAUCUCAGAGCUGGUAUACAAUCCAAGUGCCAGCUUGCUGCCCACCCCUGUUGAUGAUGAGAUUGACAUGCUUUUUGAUACCUGUCCAAGAGCAGAGAAUGAGAAAGAUGAUACCGAUUCAUUUGAGGAACUUGAAGCAGAUGAAAAUGCAUUUUUAAUUGCAGAGGAGGAAGAACUGAAAGAAGCUCGGAGAGCCCUGAGGUGGAGCUAUGACUUUCUAAUGGGCAACAUCGAGGUGAAUGCUUUUGUGAAGAGUUUCUCCAGACUUUUCCUUGUAGGCCUUGGACUAUUGUUGUUUGUGUUCCCCCUUUUCCUUGUUCUCUUGGAGUCGGACCUUCAAAUCUCUUUCCUUCACGAAAUCCGUCAGACACCAGAGUUUCAGCAGUUUCAUAUUGAAUAUUACUGCCCCCUUAGGCAGUGGAUGGCUUGCAAAAUAAACUUCAUCCGUGAUAUUCUGGGCAGCUUUUAA